AUGAGAAGAUCAGCUGCCCCCUCCCAGCUCCAUGCAGCCAAGAGACCCAGGUUCAAUCCACCCUUUGCUGCACCACAAGCCACCAAGCCACAUGUACAACAGGAGCCAACAAAAACAUCUCAACCGACACCUGUGUCCAAACAACCAGCAGCCCAGCCUAGGCCUGUAGCUACUCAGCCAAAGUCUCAGCCAAAGCAUCGCCUCCUCAGCAUUCUAGAAACACCCAAGACAACGUCCCAACUAUCUGCCAACCACAAUGGUUCCGACCAACAGGACAUGCCCAACUUCACUCUCUCUCAUUCUGACCAAUGGGAAGAUGAGGUGGAGAACCAAUCAGAAGCCUCGACUUCUAGUUUAAAUUCUACCCAACCACAGACUUCCACCAACCCAAAUAUGAAAAAUCGUAAACAACAGUUACGACCUAUUCCGAGUCAAAAGCUUUCGACGCAAAAACCGUUAGCGCACAUACAAUUACAACCUAAACAUUGUCAUGACAACAGUACGUAUACUGGUCCUACAGAGGGUAGUGGACAUCAGACGCGCUACUAUAACGUGAUGUGGUGUAAGGUAUCAGGAAGGAAACAUAAGAGGUGGGAGGGGGAUGCGGUACUAGUGGUGCACAAGCGAUCGGUAGAGCUGUUGGACACAGAAGGGAAGAAGAUCGGAGGAGCUAGUGGGUACAAGACAACAGAGCUGUCUGAUAUGACAGAGGGACAGACACUGAAGGUGGGAGGAAAGGAGGUGGAGAUUUACGAUGAGAUUACACUUGAAGACUGGAAUACAGGAAAGUGUUUCCAGAGUAUAUCAAGCUCUUCAUCUCCUGAUCCUGCUCCUACAAAAGUGCAGCCUAAACCCAAGCCGUUCACAAACCCUAUGAAAAACAAACUGGCUGCAACACAGAAGAAAUCAGCAGGGGGAGCCGGUGCACAGCAAACUGUUGCACCAAGGUUUGACCCAACAGCUGAGGGAGUCCUGGUGAUGCCGCGGCCCUCCCCUGCCCACCAGUGGAAGUACAACCCUAACGGUCAGCCCCUGGUGGACGUUGUGGUGGACCCUCACCUGUCCAGACACCUCAGGCCUCACCAGAGGGAUGGGGUCAUCUUCCUGUACCAGUGUGUCAUGGGGAUGAGAGACCACCCUGGCCUGGGAGCCAUACUGGCAGACUCCAUGGGUCUGGGGAAGACCCUGCAGUGUCUCACCCUGAUCUGGACCUUACUGAAGCAGGGACCAUACGGGGGCAAGCCUGUUCUGCACAGGAUUCUUAUUGUCACCCCAGGUAGUCUUGUCAAGAACUGGGUGAAGGAAUUCAAGAAAUGGCUGGGGGAUGAGCGCUGCAAGGUGUACGCAGUGGGACAGGACAGCAGAGUUGAGGAGUUUGCCCGGUCUCCCCUCUAUCCAGUCAUGAUCAUCAGUUAUGAGAUGCUGGUCAGGUGCAUCAGGGAUAUCAAGAAGAUCAACUUUGACCUGAUAGUGUGUGACGAGGGCCACAGACUCAAGAACACAAACAUCAAAACCACCUCCUUCAUCUCUGGGCUAUCAGCUAGGAAACGGAUUGUAUUAACAGGUACUCCUAUCCAGAAUGACCUGCAGGAGCUGCACUCCAUUGUAGACUUCUGUAACCCUGGAGUGUUGGGCCCACUCAUGGCCUUCAGGAAGGUGUAUGAGGAACCCAUCGUCAGAUCCCAUCAGCCCUGCGCUACGGAGGCUGAGAAAACGUUGGGCGUGACGCGAGCGGAGGAACUGUCUCGCCUCACAGGACAGUUCACGCUACGGCGCACGGAGGACGUCAACAACAAGUACCUGCCUCCCAAGGUGGAGGCCGUUGUGUUCUGCAGACCCACCCCCCUGCAGCUGGACAUCUACAGGAAGCUGCUCUGUUCCAGGGUGCUCAGGUCUUUUCUGUACAGUAACAGACCUACAGAUGGAAGUUUACACCUGAUGUGUAUCUCAGCAUUGAAGAAGCUCUGCAAUGAUCCCAGUCUCAUCUACACUGCUGCAAAAGAGGCAGAAAACCAGGCUCCCAGUUUCUUGGAGGAUGAGGAUGAACUGUUUGGGUUUGACCAGGUGGGAGAGUCCAUCUACCAGGACGUACUGCCACUCUUCCCAAGGGGGUAUGAUCCUAACAGUGCUGGCCCUGAGUACUCAGGAAAGCUGCAGGUCCUGGCUGAUCUGCUAGGGUCUCUGUACUCUGAAGGGCCCAGAGAGAGGAUUGUGGUGGUGUCCAACUAUACACAGACCUUAGACAUGGUACAGGAGUUGUGUAAAUCACAGGGGUAUGGUUACCUGAGGCUGGAUGGUAGUACCCCCACUGGCAAGAGACAACAGAUUGUGGAGCGAUUCAAUGACAAGUACUGCAGGGACUUUGUGUUCCUCCUGAGCACCAAGGCCGGUGGAGUGGGGCUGAACCUGAUCGGAGCGUCUCGCCUGGUGCUGUAUGACAUCGACUGGAACCCAGCUAAUGACCUGCAGGCCAUGGCACGGGUGUGGCGGGAUGGCCAGCCCAGGGUUGUGCACAUCUACAGGCUCAUCACUACUGGAACUAUAGAAGAGAAGAUCUACCAGCGACAGAUCAGUAAGCAGGGUCUGAGUGGGGCAGUUGUGGAUGCCAAGAGCUCCGGGAAGGUGCAGUUCUCAGCAGAGGAGCUGAAGGAUCUUUUCACCCUGCAUGAAGACACUGACAGUGUCACACAUGACCUGUUAGACUGUGCUGUGCCCGGUGGUGACUGUUCAGGUUCCCCAGGUUCAGACAGACCCCAGCCCAGUGUGGUGUCUCGUCCGUGUCAGCUCGGCCAGCCGCAGUCCGCCAGCCUGCUGAGGUCCAACCUGUCCAUGGCAGAACUGCUGGGCUGGACACACCACAGGGCACCUCUGGAGGACAGGGACAUACAGGACUACCAUCUGUUGUCUGCUGGAGAGAACAUCAGCUACGUGUUUGUCAAUGAAACCAACACUUCACAAUCUUAGUACAAUCUUCAGCUAUAUUCAACAUUCUAUGCUUGUGCCAGGACUAUUAUCUAUUGUCUGCAGGAGAAAACAUUAAUGUCAAUGAAAGUAACAGUUCACAAUCUUAUCGCUUCAGCUACAUAUAUACAUACAUUACUACCACCUGUUGUCUGUUGGAGAAAACGUCAGCUAUGUGACACUGUGUGUCAAUGAAACUAACAGUUCACAAUCUUAGUGCUUCAGCUACAUGUAUACAUUUAAGCACACUAAUGCCAUUUCUUGUCUGUAGAAGAAAACAUCAG